UAAUGUCCUUAGCGGACGAAAAUUCCGGCUAUUUAAUUGGAUUCGUAUUUUAAAAUUAAAAUCAGUAUGGCUGCUGUAUUCGGUAAAAAUGUAAAAUUACCAAAUGCACAAGCACGCUGUAUGCUUCUCCUCACUGGUGUGAAAAGCAGUAGUCCCCAUUUGAAGAAAACUUUUCCUUUGGUCUACGCGAACCAGAAUAAAUUUCUUUCCACUGCUGCCCAGAAACUCGUAGUCAACGAUGAUUUGGUCCAAAAGAAAAGCCUGUUUCCCGAGCCAUCGAAACUGGACGGCAAACUGUCCGACAACAUAGACAAGGCCUUGGCAGACAUAGACACCUACGUGAGACGCACAGGACGCGUCUUCAAACAGAAUGUCGAAGGAGUAUUCUGCAUGGUCAAAGACGCAGGAAGUAUUUCCAGUACUCAAGGUCUUUACCUGUUGCGCUGUUGUGAGCGGAUGAUCGACGAACUUCCAGAACAAAGGAUCCGAUUGGCCGACGAGGUUUGGCAGAUGCUGCAAAGCUAUGGAGUUCAAUUUGAAGUAGCACAUUACAAUAGUCGGUUGAGGCUGUACGUGGAAAACGGGCACGACUUUUCUCCGGGAGAGAUUUUGGCAGCCAUGGAAAACCAGGGGAUUGAGCCAAACAAGGUGACUUAUCGAUAUUUGAUGGAAAAAUGUUGUGCGGACGGGAAUCUUACUGCAGCCAGUGAAAUACUGGAGUUUCUCAAGACGAAAGACAUUCCUGUCGAUGAAAACAUAUUCAAUGCUCUCAUCAAAGGCUACAUAAAUUCUGGUGACUUUGAGGGUGCAGAGAACAUUUUGGAAGUCAUGAAGUCUUCCAACCUGGCUCCCAAUGCCGACUCGUACACUGCUCUGGCUUGUGGCUAUGCCAAGAAAGGAGACCUGCAGCGCAUGAAGGACCACAUGAGAGGACAAAACCGAGUCAACCUCACGAACAAACACCUGUUGGAGAUAAUAGAUGCCCUCGCCGUCUCGGGACAUCUGGAAGCCAUCGACGAGAUCAUGUCUUCGAUGGGCGAUGGUAAUGUCUACAGACAAGAUUUCAUCAAUGCUGCCGUCAACCUGGUGCACAAAAAUCUGGAUGAUGUUGCUUACAAGCUGGUGCUGGCUGCCUCUGGUCCUAACUUCAACACUGGCACAAACAUCUUCCUCAAACAGAUGCUGAAAAGUCGAAGGCCCAUUGAGUCGAUCAUCAAGUACAGUGACGAGAUUUUCAAGAGAGGUCUGAAUGACAUCAUCCUCUUGAAUGUAGCCAAAGCUGCCAUCGAUUAUGAAAUGAUGGGUGUGUUGAUGACCUUGAAGAAGAUGGCAGAGUUCGGCAUUCUUCCCGAUUUCACUGUCUAUCGUCAUCGCGUCUUGCCUGCCCUGGGCAUCUUCAAUGCUCAGGAUUUCAUCGCCAAGCUAGAGCAAGAAAAAUUGCCCACCGCAGCCGCCCUCGAUGCAUUGUUUGAUUUUUACUGUUCUUUGGGCAGAUCGGAUCUGGCCUCCAAUCUCUUGGAGUCGAAUUCUAUUCAAGUCAAUCCUAAUUUUGACCUGAAAGGCUAUGUAUCUGCAUUCAGGAAGUCUGAUGUCGAUCCUAUGGCAUAUUUCAAGGUUUUGAAAUUUGUCAUCGAAAAUGUUGGCUCUUACUUGCUGGAAAAGGACCAAGAAGCAUUCCAAGGAAGGUUCCUGGCGGAAUUGAUUCGGCUGGACCCGGCCCUCUUCGACAUGUUCCAGAAGAAAAUGGACUGCAGUUUAAGCCAAAAGAGCUUGCAAAUUUGCCAAGAAGAUCUCAGGAAAAAAGCGCCUCAGUUACUGACACAUCUCAGAAAACUUGAAAAAACUGAAACUGAUAUGUCUGAAGAAGAUGAAGAAAAACAUUUGGCAGCCUUGAAAGAUCAAGGUUUACCAACCAAGUUCUUUCUGGCAGACCGUUUGAUGUACUACAUUAAAAAACGGAACAUCGACAAAGUGGAUGAAAUCAGGACUCGCUUGGAAGGGGAAGGGUUCGAGUUCUCGAACGCUCAGUGCGCUCAGCUGAUCGGCGUGUACUCGGAAGCCAAGAACUUUGACGUCGUCCAAGAUUUGAUGCAGAAGAUGAAAAAAAUCAAUCCAGGUUUCAGACUGGAUAUCGUGAAAGCUAUCGAGUAUGCUUCAUUGCUGGUGAAAUAUGAAAAAUAUGACGGUAAGUGA